CUUUGAUUGGGCAAUGGUGUUGGUCAAAUGCGUUGAUCGAAUCUUACGCAUCAACAAAUUUAACAUCCCCAUGCACUGUUCCGGAGGCGGGGGAUCGACUCACGUCGGGCCUUUCGGCACAGAAUACGGUAAAGUCGAUAAUAGGACCUUACUUCUCAGAUACCAUUCAUAGUAUUCUCCCAGUGACAGCCUGCCUAAUUAACAGCAGUCCAGCACAUAUUGCCCUUGGGUGUUCCGCAAAACAGAAUCUCUACAGCGACUACCCGUACCAACAAAGGAACACGAGCUUCCUAUUCCAACCACGCUACUCAACCCGACCCCGUCAAUAUACGUCACGUCACCGUCAGAUAUGGGUGGCACCAAUGAAAACCAGGAAAACAAAGUCGAUGUGGAAUCCACGGUGAAGAGAAACCCACAUCCAGACUUCAAGACUGUGGAGUCGUCAAGACCGCUAUGGUCAGAAGCAACCUUCAAGUACACUCGAACUCCAAAUCCUGACUGGAAGGUUGGGCAAGGAGCCAAUGAUGGCGGGGAGGGCUUGAAGAAAGGACAUGUCGAAAUAGACCCCUAUGAGCCGGGACGACCAGCUGUGUUCAAUUAUAAACUUUUGAUCAGUGCCAUCGUCCCACGGCCCAUUGGAUUCUGCUCAACGGUCUCGAAAGACGGGACAAGUCCGAAUCUGGCGCCGUUUAGUUUCUUCAAUGUCAUCAACCAUGAUCCGCCCCUGUUCGUUUUUGGAUUUUCAGGAGGCUUCGAUCGGGCUAAAGACAGCUGUCGCAACUUAGUCGAUACUGGAGAAUGCUGCAUCAACAUCAUCUCGGAACAUUACAUCGAAGCCGCGAACUUCACUUCUAUCAACACUCCACACGGCAUCUCGGAAUGGGGAGUCGCCGGCUUACACCCUGCCCCUUGCUCCGAGGUGAAACCAUCCCGGGUCAAAGAAGCCAUAUUCUCCAUUGAGGCGAAGUUGGUGGAGACGAAGGAGUUUGAAAGUAGAUCUAUGCCUGGAAAGAAGAGCGGAGUACUAGCCAUCGUCGAAGGUAUCAGGUUCCAUGCGCGCCAGGACGCCAUCAAUGAGGACAAGAAUAUGAUCGAUCCGGCGAUUUUGAGGCCGAUGGGUCGACUGGGAGGAAUCGGUUAUUCGAGGGUUACGGAAGGAAUCGAGCUUCCCAGACCCGACUUCACUGAGGUUUCAAAGAAUGGUAACGCGGGGGAGUUCAUCAAGCCGAAAGCCUAAGGAUAAUAGACGGACAAUAGAGCGGAAGGCCUUUCACCGGCUUAACCUGAGCUAAAAUAUCGACACCACAGAACCCUAGAGGGCUCCACACCAUACCCGUGAAGGAUGAUAUAGACCGUAUAGACCCA